CUUCGAAAACGCGAUUUUUCGUUAUUUAGCCUACUAAAAUCCUUAAACUGGGCGAGGAAUCAAGUUGUUACACGAAGAGAAGUCAUUAUAUUACUUAAUCCUAGGAAUUUCCGUUGUUAAAACUUUGAUCUAAUAUUAAUUAGAAAUGGCAAGUGACAAGGAGACCUCCCCUGACAGGUCUAGACAAGCGGAUGACAGAAGGAAACGCAGAAAGUCUAGCCCUCAAGAUGAAAGCCCACAUCAUAAAUCAAAGCGCAGGAGCUCUAGUAGUUCGAGAAGAAGCCCCCUUUCUUCAAGAUCCCCAAGCCCAUCUGAAAGACACAGAGGAAGACGAGGUGAAAAAUCAAGCAGAACAAGAGAUGACAGAUCCAGGAGCCGCACACCAACUGCAUAUCGAAAAGAUGGUGAUAGAGAUGAUCCAAAUGUUUGUCACUGUCUUGGUGUAUUUGGCCUCAGUAGCUACACUCAAGAAAAAGAUCUGAAAGAAGUGUUUGGACGCUAUGGACCUCUCGAGGACAUAUGCAUAAUUUAUGACAGACAGAGUGGCCAUUCAAAAGGUUAUGGGUUUGUUUAUUUCAAAUCUACAAGUGAUGCUGUUGAGGCUAGAAAAGGAACUCAGGGUCUUGUACUUGACCGUAGACCAAUCAGAGUGGACUACUCUUUCACUACUCGACCACACUCACCUACACCUGGAAGAUACAUGGGAAGAAGAACCAGCAAAGACCUUGAUAAAUAUUAUUGCCAUGACAGUGGGGAUUAUGAUGAUCGCAGCUAUCGAGACAGUGGACGUCGCAGUUAUCGGGACAAGCAACACUACUGUGAUUAUGACAGUCGCGAUGACUACAGGGAUGAUUAUGAUGACAGCUAUUCCAGGAGGUCCAAGAGAUACUCUCCUUAUUCACGUCGUCACUAAAUUCCUGGUCCCCCAGACUAAAGAAUAAUUUCAAGAGUUUGCGUUUUUAGACAUUAAUAUUUUUACUUCUUUUGUUAAUAUUUCAUCCUCACCAUGAAAAAAAAAUGUUUUUUUUUUUUUUUUCGUUUUUUUUUUUUUUUUCUGUUAACUUUUUUUUUCCAAUCUCUGACAUCUUGUGAUUGAUAUUGGUAUAGUAAGCUUUUUGGUGUAUUAUAUGUUCAGUAAUCAAUGUUUUAAGUAGAAUUAUGUACACAGAAUGUUUUGUUAUUAAAUGAAACUCUUCUGAUUUUAUAGAUAACAAGUGUUCAUUUUCUUUCCAACACAUUUUUUUUUAAAUGAAGGAAAUAUUUUUUUAAACCAAACAUUCAAUUAUUUUUAAUUGUAUGGAUUACAUGAUAAGCUUUUUUUAAUGUAUAUUUUAAAUUUAAAUUAGCAUGAAUGGAUUUUUUUUUUAAAGCUUUAAAUUUUCCUUUGCUUAACAAUUUUGAAUAUCAAUAAUUUAAAAAAUUUCUCAAGCUUUUCUUUAAUAUAAUUUUUUUUUUACUUUAAUCUUAAUUAUAUUUUUUUCCCAUUUUGCUGAAAUAAUUUGAACAAACUCCAUCAAACACACUUGAAUAUUUGUUUUAAUUACAACAUUAUUAGACAUAAGUUUGAACAAUGUGUUGUCAUGUGUGAGGGAUGUUAAUGGUUAUUAAAUAUUUGAGACUGUAAUAACUAGCCAUUUCUUUUCUAAUCUUUCUGUUAAGGAUGAAUGCUCAGGUGAAGUUUAUGAACUAAGAAGAUUCUAAUGAAAUGAAGAAAGAAACAAGUUUAUUUAUGAAGCUUGGUGAAGAAAGUGGGGACGAAUUUCACCUUUAAGAAAUUAUUCAGUAUGAACUGAAAAGCAUGAAGAAUGAUUAAAAAAGGGAGAAAGAAAGAAUGACAAAAAUAUUAAAGUGCCGAAAAGGGGAACAAAAGUCAAAAUCAUAAUACGAAAAUUGAAAAUACCAAUUUGAAGACAAGUGCCUCUAUCUUUACAAAAAGGGAUCAUGUAUUCAAAUUACUUAGCUGUCUAAUAGCUAAACAAGGUCAGGCACUUGUGAAGGAAAUAGCUUCAUGAUGGCUUGAAUUUAGUGCUUAGAACAAAAUUAAACUAUAACUUGAAGAAAUGGAACCAUUUAAAACUUUGUCAUAGUGAAGAAAUUCUGUUUACUUAAAAGUCCUGCAGAAAUUCUGAACACAUUUUCAAAUCACUUCUUUUGAACCUUAUCAGUUCACUCACACACUCUUAAUAGCCUGCAAGUUUUCUGGUGAAAUGUGCAAGACUGCUUUUAAAGCAAAAGUUGAAGUUUAAAACAUAAAAAAGGGGAAAACAGCUGAGCUGUCUUGCAGUGUCUGGUAAGUUGUGAUUUUGAUAAGUGUUCCGCUGAAUGUAUCACCCACCACACACACACAUCCCCCCUGCCCCUUUUUUUGACAUCAAUGCCUUGCUUGAUUGUCUACCCUGUACAGACUUACAUUGUUUGGUAAAGUGCAGUGUUUCUUGGGGAAAUGUGAAACCUCCAUUCACAGUGAACAUCAUCUGGGUCUUUUGUUUUUCUUUGGUUCUUAAAAUUUAUUUAAAAGUUGUUGUUUUUUUUUUUAGUAUUAAAUUUUUCUCUUUAAAAUAUGCUUCAUUCUCAGUUUGGUUUUUAUCAUAAGUGUACUUUACAUAAUGUCCAUGCCUACAGUUAAUUAAUUCCCAUCCAUUACAUGGUAAAUUUCAAGCAGAUUUAUAAUAUCCACAGAUAAUAUGCCCUCAGAAUAAUUGAGCAUUACUUUGACAAAUGUGUGGUACUGUUAUUUACAUGUCUUGGGAAACAUUAACAAAAAAAGGAAAUUAACUUCACAUUUAAAAUAAAAAGUGGAUAAUAAAUGGGGUAAACAUAAAUAUUCUGAAAAGAAAUUUAACAUUCAUUGUUAAUUAAUGGACAUUGUGUAUGGCCUGCUUUUCCAUAAAUUUAUUGUUUUCUUAUUAGUUAGCAAGUAAUUUAUUUACAAAAAAAAAUAAAAAAUUAAAGAAAAUUUCAUUGGUGAAAAAAAAAAAUUGGAACAAUCCCUGUAUGAAUAUAUUUGACUAAAUUUUCUCUUAUAGUUUCAUAUAAAUAGAUUCUAUGUUAACAAAUUGCACACACAUUUGAUUGCAAUCAUGAUAGUAUUUAAUUAGAACUAGGCUUAGGUAAUUUACCUUUCACUGCAUUUUGUUUCCUCACUAACAGAUCGUUAAAUGAAGAUGGGAACCAAAGACUCUGACCAAAGUCUGCAAUGUGAAUAAACUAAUGCUUGUACACUUUGUAGCACACAAUUUUAUGGUCAGGCCUUCGACUGGAACAUUUACUGUGACUCUCAUUUCAUUCAUUCAUUUGUUUAUGUUAUCACAAUUAUUCAGUGUAAAAAGUUCAGUAGCUAGAUAUGUAGUAGUUCCAAAUAAUACCAUUAGAUUAGCUGUUCAUUUAUUUUUUGCAUCCUUUAAAUUGAAGUCUAAAACUUUCAUGUUUCUGUUGAUAUUGUUAUCAUGUAUCUUGUUAAUACAGUUACUCUUUACGUUGUCACUAUUAAAAAGUUCUCAAUUUCUGUGUCUAUUAGGUAAUAAUACAGUAUCCAAAUAUAUAUAUAUAUAUAUUAUCAUAAUUAAUGGACAACAAUUCUGUUUAUAUUGGUAAUGUUUUUAAAUUAGAUUUCUUGAUUUAUACAAAUGACAACAGUAAAUUAUAUUAGUUAUUAUUGGCUUGGUUAUUCCAGUUCGAGAACUCUUUAAAAAAAAAGUUAUUUCUUUACCUGAUUGUAAUUGAAAUAGUAUUCAGGUGUGUCAAGUUUUUUUUUUUACUUUACCUUAUGAGAGACAAAGCAACAUAAGAUAAAUGUGGCACAUGGGCCUCUAUUGUAAAUGUAGGUCAUGGCAGUUGUCAUCCAUCCAGUGAUUGAAACAGCUAUUCAAUAAAAAAAAUAUGUAAACCUGUGUGUUAAACAGAAUUGUACAUUGUCAAUUAGGAAAUAAAUGGUUUUUUUAUUUUA